AUCAAAGUAGAGUGCAGAACAUCUACAAAGUCUUCUUCUUUUGUUCGGCAAAUCUUCCUGCGAUUGGACCCGUUUCUAUUUCUAUUUACUCAACGUCAUAAUCGAAUCUCCUACUUUAAUCGAGCAGGACACUCCGACUCUGUAAAAGGGAGGAAGAGGUAGAUACUGAAAUCGGGCAUCAAAAAAGUAAAAAGGGGAAAAAGGGAGGAGAAGGAAUUAAGGGAAAAUGAAGAAGAAGAUCCGGCAACUUCGUGAAGAUCCGUUGCCCAGUGACGUCACUCUUCAUCAGGCUGUUGAAAGGAGUAAAUUCAUCACAAUAGAAAACGGAAGCAGGUGACAAUUCAUGAUAUGUGGCUCACGUUUCAAAUGUUGGGUGACAUAAUGGACGUUCAAGCCUUCGCCCGAUUGUCCAAGAAGCUGGCCAAGGUGCCGAAGAAGAAGAAGGACGAGGGGUCCUCGAACCAGCCCCUCGUCGAUGAGGUGUUGAAGAAAGCAGGGGCUCCUAAAGUCCCGGAGGGUGGGGACCCCUCCAAAAAAACUGCUGCUGAUUCCGGUACUGGUGCCGGAGGCUCCCAAGCCGGGGAGCUUAAGAGAAAAAACACCGGGAAGGGCUCCAAGCCUCCGGUGACUAAGAAGCAGAGGGGGGCCGAUGAAGGUAAGGGUGCCCCCCUUGUGAUCCUUGAAGAGCCCUCCUCCUCGCAUCUGGUGGAUCUUGACGAGGGGGCCUGGCCGCAAGAGACGGUGCGGUUCUCCUUUAAGAGGGGGACUGCCAUCGUGCACGGCACCCUCGAUCCGAGGGAAUAUCUGAAGGGUGCCACUCCCCCUUUGGAUCGCUCGACCCUCGGCAAGUUCGAGGACGAAGCCCUCGAGCGAAGAGCUCUUGAGGCCUCGGUCACUGCCAGCCUGGCCUUCGGAGAGUAUGUCCGGAGGAUGGAACAGGUGCGUUUGGACAAGGCACAAAAUGACGCUGCCCUGGAGAAACUCAUCAGGGAGCAUUCUGAGGCCAUCAGGUGUUGCGCUGAGCUGGAGCUGGCCCUUAAGCAGGCGGGGGAAAAGCUCAAGGAGGCAGAGGAGAAGGCCCGAGCCGAGGGCAAGGCUGAAGCUGAGAAGGCGGCUGCUGAGGCCUCAAUGAAAGCCGCCGAGGAAGCAGCAAAGGCCAAGUCCGAGGCCGUCUCCAAAGCCGAGAAAGAUGCCGUUGCUGCCUUCCAAUCCGAGGGGUGGAAAGCAGAUGAUUUGGAACCGUGGAGGGCCUCGGUGGUGGAGUCUUCAGUGGAUGCUUGGGUGAAGGGCCCCGGAGCUGAGUGGAUGGCCCUAAGGGGCAAAGAUUAUUUCGAUGGGGGCGAGUUCUUCACCCAGCGCCUCAUCUACCGGAAGCUGGCCGAGCAUUUCAAGAUUCCCAAGGACAACUUCGAUCCUUCGGCUUAUGGUCUUCCUCCCCGGCAGCCUGAUGUGAGGGUCCCCCUCCCGGAGGGCGAGGAAAGGGUUCAGCUUGCGGACUCCGAGUUAAUGAAGGAGUAUGGCCUCCAUGAUGAAGAAGAUGCGGAGGAUGACGCAGCCUCGAAGCCGAGGGACGAGGCAGCUGCAGAAUCCCAAGCUUGAAUUUUCUAAGUAUAAUUGAAUGUAAUAGUGGUAGGCUCCGGCUUCGGCCUCGUAUGUGAACAAACACCUAUUUUGUAUUUUGAAUAUUCUUUUGCGGAUGAAUGAAUGCUCGCCUUCAG